GGAGGAAUUCCAAGCGUCCGACGUCAGCAAAAGCAUAGUCUUGAGCUUGAAGAGGAAUCCACUUCAAUUUGAGAUUAUUAUUCAGUGAACAGAACAAUGCCUUCUGAAAUAAGGGUUAAGAAAAGUGAUUGCUUUUGCGCUAUAAAGUCCACCCACUUGAAUGGGUUCUGGAGUCACACUCUCAAGUCCCAAGCAAAGCAGAGCAAACAGUAAACUCCGUUUCCUCUGUUUUUUCCCCUGCCCUUGUAAGCUGUCUACGCUCAUCUUCUCUUGUUCUAUUGCAGGUUGAAGUAGAUGGGAGCUGUGAUCAUCCCACAGAAUUUGCCGGUCGGAUACAGAUUCCAUCCAACUGACGAGGAAUUCGUCGAUUAUUACUUGAAGAACCGAGUCCUAGGAUAUGUAGACCAUCCCUGCGUUAUUCCCGAUGUCGACAUCUGCAGGUGGGAUCCUUGGGAGUUACCACAGAAGUUCCACGGUGAAUCAAUCAUUCCCCCGGAUGACAAAGUUCAACAGUGGUGGUUCUUCUGUCUGCAAACCCCCCAACAGGUUAAGAGAUCGACUCCCUCGGGCUAUUGGAAGAAGACUGGUCCUAAUCGGAAUGUCAAGGCCAGAGAUAUGAGCAGAGUAAUCGGUAAUAAGAAAACAUUAGUGUUCCACAUUGGUCGGGGCUCUGAGGGCAUCAACACCAAGUGGGUCAUCCACGAGUAUCACUUACUCACCAAUGACCGUAGACGAGAUGAGAAGGCUGAUAAUUCAACCAUAGAAUCAGAGCAUGGAGCCAUUAACCUGGCAGAUUUCGAAUCGUAUCUUCAUCAACCUGAUCAUGAGGACUCAUUUUCUGAGAAUUUGAUCCAAGCAACGAUGGAUUCCCUGAUGGAGAAUUUUGACAGCCCAUCUGUUAUGGACUUCACAUUGGAAAACGGCCUUGCUGAUGAAUAUAUUCAAUUGGUGUCUGAAACAAGUGGAGAGGAUGAAGAUAUUGGUUACAUGCUAAAUGGAGAUCUUAUUGAUGACGAAUUCUUCCAAGUAGACCAAAUGCAAACACUGUACGGGCAAACAUCUAACUCGCAUAAUGAGUGUCCUGUUCUAAUGGAGAAUCGGCGAACACGAACAAUCGACUCACUCCAUGGUGUUGUUCCUCUUGAGGAAAAGAAAGGCAUGGUGGAGAAUAAGUUCAACGGUUCACUUGUUGCCCCCAAGAAACCUAUGGCACCUCUUGUAUGCUCUGCAAGUGUAAAAUAUUAUGGCAUAGAUGAAGUGCCAAGAUUCGAAAAGGUUAAGCAGGAAACAGCAGCUAGAAGAAUCAAACCAGAAUACAUAUUUUUGGAUGAAACAGCAGCCAGAUCAAAGAAUGGCCAACUAUCUAUAAUGGCGAAUCGCCAAACACGAACAAUUGGGUCACUCCAUGGUGUUGUUCCUCUUGAGCAAAAGAAGGCCGUCAUACAGAGUGAAUUCAACAGCUCACAUGUUUCCUCAGCCAAACCUAUGGAGCUUCCAAAAAAGCCCAAGACACCAAAAAUGCCCGAGCCUCCAAGAGUUUAUAUCAAUGAAGAACCGUGGCUCGAAAAGGUUAAGAAGCGGGAAAUUGCAUUGAGAAAUGUUAAAACAGAAUGUGUAUCUUGGGAUGAAGCUGCAGCAACAGCGAAGGUACUAAAAUACCGAGAGCACUGUUCAGCCAGUAAUUCACCAAGGAAGAAAACCAGCAGGGAGAUUGAACAUGCCAGAGAGAAAGCAAAUUCAGUGACUGCAUUGACCAGACCGACCGCCAAGAGCACAAAAAGUUCCACAAAUCCUCCACUGUCUAAUCUUUGGAACGUGCUCGUCGGGAUUUUCCUGUUGUUCGCCAUCACUUGCCAAGUAUUAAAUUUAUGAUUUUCGCUGCUAUAUUGCCUUAGUGCAAUGCAGCAUCAUUAACAACAACUGUCAACAAGGAUUUUAUAUGCUAAUGCUUUGAACUUCUUUUUGCUUUAAAGGAAUUGGAAGAUCUAA